CCGGCCCGGGGCGGGUCGGUGUGGGGGCCCGGCGGCGGCGGCAUGGCGCGGAGCACGCUCUCCUCCCGCUUCCGCCGCCUCGACAUCGACCAGUACGACGAGAACCGCUUCGUGGAGGAGCCCGACGAGGCGGCGGCGGCGGCCGAGACCGACGCCGGCCCCGAGGUGGAGGCGCUGCUGAGGCAAGGGGACGCGCUGCGAGCCUUCCACAGCGCCCUGCGGAGCUCUCCCGUCAACACCAAGAACCAGGCGAUGAAGGAGCAGGCCCAGGGAACCAUGCUUAAAGUCCUCACGUCUUUUAAAAGCAGUGAAAUAGAACAAGCGGUGAAUUCCUUGGACAGAAAUGGCGUUGACUUGUUAAUGAAGUACAUUUAUAAAGGAUUCGAAAAGCCAACAGAAAAUAGCAGUGCAAUAUUACUUCAGUGGCAUGAAAAGGCAUUAGCAGUAGGUGGACUAGGUUCCAUAGUAAGAGUUCUUACAGCAAGAAAGACUGUUUAAAAGACUAUUAACUUGAACCAAGACGACGCUCAGUUUUGGACUCAGAAGAAGGAAUUAGCUGAAAUGACGCUGGUCCAUCUUUAUUAGAGAUUGCAAUCUACUGAAAUACUAUGGAAACCUCCUCUUGGAAUGCUUUUAACCUUAAAGGUGGGGGAAGAGUAAAGGUAUUCCUGCAUAUUCCGACUAUCAAAUACAGGAGCCAAGACAUUCUCCUGAUCCCUUCUUUAAAAGGCAGAGAGACGGCACACUCCUGCCUCCUAUUACUGUAAGCGAACAGGUAUUUUUCAGAUGCUGCUUUAUCGAAGUGUGGUGAUACAAGAUCCUGUGUGUACUGCUUAUUUAGGAGGUAGCUAUGUCCUUGGCAGAUGCAAGAUCCUGACAGCUUACGGGCAGGAGAAGUGUUCAUUAGAAUGGCGGUUUUGUACGUACAGUUGAAGGACUAGUUGGACUGUGGGGUUGGUUUCAGUGUAAAGUGCCUGCUGCAUCAAUAAAGUUCUUGGAUCACA